CCAAAUUUCCCCAUUCCAGGAUCCCUCAAAACCACCCUAAAGACCCCCACAGCACCCCAAAAUCAACCCAAGACACCCUCAAUACCACAAAAACUACUCAAAGAACACCCCCAAAUCCUCAUGACCCCCCUAAAACAAACUCGCUCAUUCCAGGGACACCCUAAACCAACCUAAUGAUCCCCGUGAACCCCAAAACAACCAUGGGAUCGCCAAACCAGCGGUCCCACAAUUCCAGGGAUUCCCCUCAGGGAUUUCCCCCCUCACAAAUUCCCGCCGCGGCCCCUCAGCAGCACCUGGCUGGUUUUCCGCCGCCAUUGCCGCAGGAAUUCCGCUUCCCAGCGCUUCAGCAGCACCUUCAGCUCCUGCUGCCGCUCCGUGGCCGCGGGAACCGGGAUCGGGAUCGGGAAUCGGGAGUGAGGGAAGCUCAGCAGGGACACCAGAGCCGCCUCAGAGCGAACCUCCCGCUCCUGCCCAAAGACAACCAAUAGGAAGGCAGAGAUUAGUGAUUGACAGCGAAUAAGCCAAUGAAAAGGCGCUGUCAAAGCGUCCGCCGAUGUCGCACUUGAGGCAAUGACAAUUAAAUCCAUCCUGACAGACAGGUUGGCAAGCCAAUUAAAUGCAAGAAUAGGCCUUAUGGGAUAUCCCUGGAUUCGGAGUUUCCCAGGAAUUCUCCCUGGUGGUUCCGCAUCCUGAGGGUGCAGCACGGAAAAACUCUCUAUAAUCCAGAAAGAAAGUUAUAAGAGUAGGGCUCGCCCCAAUUUCACCUGAUUCCCACAGCCCCCCAGAAUCCAUGGAUUCUCUCCUUCUCCUCUGUGCCCGCUGCAUCCUUGCCCAGCGCCCUCUUCCCCACAUUCUCCCUGGUCUGUAUCCCGUCCUUUUCCAAUUGGCAUUCCUGGAUGGAAAACACGUAGUCCUGCGGGAUUUGGUGGCCGCUUGGCCUAUCCAAGUACUCGACUUCCAGCAGCUCGUGAGGCGCCGAGAGCUCCUCGGAGAUCAUCCCCACAUCGACUACAUCGAGGCCGUCAUCCAGGCCGUGGUGGCGCAGCUCCGGCAGGAGCUGGAAGAGCCCGGCUGCGAUUUCAGCAAGCGCCGGCUGCGUGUGCUGGACAUGACCGGACUCUCAGAUUCCCUGUGCAGCCGCUCUCCGGACGGGGUGACCAUCUGGUCCAGCACUGUGGCUUUGGCCAAGGCUUUUGAGGAGGUGUCCAAGCACCAGCAGGAUUUCCAGAGGCGUGAACCUAGGCGGCACAAAGGCCCCUCUGGAGCCGCCGUGGCUGCUCUGCAGCCAUCAGGCGUGGACGUCCACGCCAACCUUUAUGUCAGGAAAGAUUCCUACAGGAUCCUGCGUAACGCGCUCCAGACCAGAGCCGCCAGCCCGCUGCGCCUCAAGUGCCACAAACUCUACGCGGAGAACAUCUCGGCACUGAAGGUUGUGACUUUGUUGGAAUGUCUGUAUCCGUCUUUUCUGCAGAGGGUGGAACUGUGGUACAACAACUUCGGAUUGACUGAGCUCUUGCUGAUCCUGCCACACCUCUCCCGGUUCCCGGAGCUGCGCAGCCUCAAGCUCCUGGACUUCAGCAUGAACACGCGGCGCCGGACACCGGACUUAGCCAUAGUAAUCCGCUGCGUGGCCAGGCAUCUGGGAAUGCUGCCCAGCCUCCGGGAGCUCAGCCUGGGAUCUUCACAGCUCUCCGGGAAUCUGCGCCACAUCCUCUGCAACCUUCAGGCUCCGUUGGAAAGCUUGGAAUUGGGCUACUGCUCCCUCGUUCCUGACGACCUCGCCUUCCUCUCCCAAAGCUUCCAUGCUCCAGCCCUCAAAAAGUUGGAUCUGACCGGCAACAACGUAUACCAAGGCCUCCUGGAGCCGCUCCAGCUGCUCCUGGAGGAAACCUCGGCCUCACUGCUGCACCUGGAUCUCAGUAAUUGUGACAUGGCCGACUCCCAGCUGGAGGCACUGCUCCCGGCGCUCCGGCGCUGCUCCCGCCUGCGCUUCCUGCGACUCUUUGGCAAUUCCCUGUCCACGGCCGCGAUCAUUCUGGACUCCAUU